UCUCUUACUCAUAUUUUCUCUCUCCGUCGCCAUUGCUAUUUCUAUUUGUGUCCAAUAUCUCCACUUUUCGAAUUCUCCUUUCUCACCUCACACAGCUGCCUUUCUCCAUUGCUGUUGAAACCUCUUCAACAUUCCUUUUUCAUUUCCCCAACGGCUGAAUUCAUCAUUGCUGUUCUUCAAACCUUUUUCCACACUUAUCAUUCACCAAUUUCUCCGCUACAGAACAGAGUCCUUAUUCGCUAAUGAUGGCUCAUAAACAGUUACUGCACGAGCUCCUGAAGGAAGACCAGGAGCCGUUCCGAUUGCAGAGCUACAUCACCGACCGGCGAUCUCAGCUGAAGAAACCGCCGGCGCCGCCGUCGUCCACCGGUUUACAGCUCAGAAAACGAAAGCCAAUACUGCCGGAAUCCUCCACGAAACGCAGCAAUUUCACCAAGCAUGCCUGUUUUCUCUCGUUCCAGAACUCGCCGGGCGUUUCGCUCUCGCCGUCUCCGGCGAAGAGCCCCCGCAAGUCGCCGGUGUUCCUCCACAUUCCGUCCGGAACCGCCGCGAAACUUGUCGAAGCGGCGAUGAGGAUCCAGAAACAGCAGCAAUCGAAGCCAAAUUCCCAAAAUCUAGGGUUUGGGCUGUUCGGAUCCUUUCUCAAGAGACUCAAGGAUCGGAAGAGGAAUAAAAAUCGUGCGAUUCAGAAUAACGAGGAAAGGCCCAAACAAGCCGCCGGACAACCUGUAAGGAUUUCGACUUGCAGAAUCCACCGGCGGCUGAGCAGCGCUCAUUGGACAGACAACAACGAAGAAGACAUAUCCAUGGAUUUUGAGGCCUCAACCAGCGGCUACGGUUCAGAUUGCUCGGAGGAUAUCACCAGCGAUUUCGAUUCCCCAGAAACACGCUUUUGCACAAGCCCCUUCGUAUUUUCUUUCAACAAAAGCCCGUCGUCCAACGGCGGCCGUCGCACGCCGGAUUUCUGUUCUCCGGCGUCUUCUCCGACUCGCCAAACACAGAAAAAGGAGAAUGAAGAAACAUUGGUGCAAGAAGAUGAAGAAGAAAAGGAGCAAUGCAGCCCUGUUUCAGUAUUGGAUGCUCCUUUCGAAGACGACGAGGGAUGCGAAAGCGGAGAUGCGGAGGCCGACGAUUACGAUCCGGAAUGCAGCUAUGCUAAUGUGCAAAGAGCUAAAGAGCAGCUUUUAAACAGACUGCGAAGAUUCGAGCGUCUCGCCGAGUUGGAUCCGCUGGAACUUGAGCAGAAGUUACUGGAAGGAUCAGACAACGAUGAUUUGGGAGUCGAGGAGGUGUCUGAGGACGAGGGGUCGUAUUCGCUGUCCAGACGUCCCUCGGUGCAAACAUUAGUAUCCGAAGCGUUCAUCCAGUCCAGCCUUCAAUGUCAUUACAAGAAAAUGUCCUUAGACAUUAAGAAGCUAGCAACUGAUCCUGCAGCAGCCGAGGUAAAAGGCGAAAGUGAAAUUAGCCGUUCGGACAAUCAAGAAAAGAGUGAAUUCACCAUUAUUGAAAUGAUCGGUUUAGAGUUAAAGAAUGAUAGCGAUGAAUGGACAAAGUUUGCGGAGCAAGUCGACAGCACUGCUGCAGACAUCGCGGUUGCUAUUUUCGCACUACUUGUCGAAGAAGUGUCCGAUGAACUUCUCUAUUGAAGGCACAUUAGGUCUUGUUCAAUGUUGUCUUAGAAGUUGGAGAAUGAGCAAUGUUGUUGCAGUCGAAAGGAUUGGGAAAAAUGAAGUUGUAGUAGGAUCAUCAUCAUCAUCAUAACUGAAAUUAUCCAUGGAGUAGAAGAGCAUUAAUUUAGUAAUGUAGCUGAAUUGGACAAAAAUAACAGAUUCAUCAAACUCCUAUUUUAUUCCUAUGAUGAACGAAUUAUGUUCUUUUUCUCA